AUGGAGGAAACAAAUAUGGUUCCAUACCCUGACCUUAUAAAAAAUGACACCUUUCAGGUGCCCCAAGCUACUCCAAGCCAAGUACUGAUCGGUUUGGAACUCCUAAUCGGCGCUAUUGGGCUGAUCGGAAACACUUUAGUCGUGCUGACGAUUUACCGGAGUAAAAACCUCCACUACCUGACCAACUACCUGAUUCUUAACCUCGCCAUCGCGGACGCCCUGCUCUGUCUCUGCAGCCUACUCAACCCCUGGUUGCUCUGGGGGAAGUUUGCCUCGGAUGUGUUGCCCUACUGUUUCACCACAGCCACCAUCGAUAGCUACUUGGAGGUCCAGAUAUACUCCAUCUUCCAGCGGGGUCUGGCGAACAGUUCCCCCAUGUGUUUGCUCCUAGUGACGGUCGAGAGGUUCGUGGGCAUCGUCCACCCCUUGGGUCACCCCGACUUCUUCCAGCCGAGGAAGCUCACAACUCUCCUCUUCCUUACUUGGAUCAUUCCGUUCCUCUUAGAACUCCCAACAGGCCUCUGGUUCAUCAUCAAGUACAUCAACAACAACUGCUGGGCGUCUAACGCCGAGCAGGAACCUUUGAUCGUCCUGUUUCCCAUUCUGAGCUCCACCCUGUCCGUUCUGGUACCCAUCAUCGCCAUGAUUGCAAUGUACAGCAACAUCAUGCGCAACCUGAAACGCAACGCCCGUAGUCUCGAACACCAGGGGAUCAACGGCCCACCGCAGGAGCUUCAUCGCGCCCACCAACGCGUCGUGAACACACUCAUCCUCGUGACGAUCGCAUUCAUCCUCUUGGUAUUCCCCAGUCGUGUCAUCUUCAUCACCACUGUCGCCAACUUGGUCAACACCGAGCCCCAGCCGGUCGUCGAGCAGCAAAUCGUCAUCAUUCUCGGCGCCUUGAAUUCCAGCAUCAAUCCUUUCUUUUACGGAUUCAAGUACGAUAAGUUCCGCAAGGCGCUUAUCGCGAUGAUCUGUUGUAAGCGGCGCGGAAACAACGUCGUGCCGCUGAGAAUUGAAGUGACCACAGUAAACGGAACCGGAACACAUACCAUGGAGACGGUAUAA